UCAUCCUAAAAAUGUCUGACUACAUUGUGAAGAUCAAUGGAACUGGUCCCGAGGAGUCCGAGGCAUCCCCUGAGAAGUCCAGGGACCCGUCACCUGAGCCUGCUGUCCUGCCCAAGACAGAUGUGUCCUUCCCUGGAGCAAUGGAACACAUGAAUGAGAUGCUUAGCUCCUUGGAUCAAGUGAUGGACAGUCAAACACAAGAAAAUGGUGAACAAGUGGAAGCAACUGAAAGUCAGAGAAAGAGACUAAAGGGAAACCUAGGUUCGUCCUCUGUUGGGUGUUCACUUGGAUGUAUUCCAAGCUUUGACUCAGUGUCCCUUACAUCUACAGUCAACACAGAUAACAACUCAGCGGAGAGCCUAGAGCAGCUGCAGUACCAAGGGGCCCUGAGGGUGGAUACAUGUGAUGAGGUGGAGGUCAAGGUGCUAGAUAUCGACUUAUCUUCAUUCACCCUGAACCGGAUUUCCUUCUCCAGUAUUCUUCAGGAGGAGAACGACAGAGUGCUGGACAAGGACACUAUGGAUUGUCGCUCUCUGUCGAGAACAGUUCCCUUUGAAAGCAGCCCAAUUCCGGAGAGGAGUGGAAGCUUGAAGACAUAUUGCAGUAGUGUACCCACCCCGUACCAGUCAAGAUUAUCCCUUACCUCCACUGAGGCACAUGAUCAGGUUGCACACAGCUCAGGCACACAAGUGAGCCUCCAAAUCCCGAUGGACCCUCUGGAGGAGCUUUUUGGUAUCACUCAGGAUAUGAUAUACACAGACGUCCAUGAAAGAGUGAUUGAAGUGUUGCAGGACAUCUACUCGGCAGCUAACCAGCUAGAGCAACAGCUAUUUCAGAGUGUCUCUGACAGGCAAGCUAGAGCCAUUGUAAAGGUGGUAGUGCAGCAGAUCAAUGCCGCCCUCUCCAGGGCUCUCCAACAAACCUGCUCGGGAUCACAAUUACUUACUAUAGUGGGAUCUGCCAAGCUCUAUAGCAAAGAUGGGUUGGCAGCGGUGGAGGGCCAAGGAGUUCCUUUGAUCACCUCGUCAGCAGAGGGAGACAGGGAUGGCAACAAGGAAGGAAGUAGACCAUUGAAACGUUGUUUUAACAGCUUUGUUCGUGUUUUGUCAGCAAAAAUGAGGAGUAUCUCCAAGGGGAUCAAACAGAGCAGCGAGAGUGCACAACAAGAGCACAGGCUAGUUGUUGAGCUGCCAGCAUCAUCUGACGAGGGUACAGAGCAAGAGGCAGCAGAGAAAGCUGGAUCUAGUACAGUUUCUGAACCCGCUAGGGAGGAGAUCACAGAGGUCACUGAAGUUCUUCAGUCGGAAUCUGAUGAUUCUCUACUUCCCUCCAUCGGGGGAAUGCUCUUCCACGUUGGAUCCAUGCCUCAUACAGAGGAUUCAGUGGAACUAUACGGCAAGGUCCCAUCAAAGUUAACACCAGAAAGUAUGGUGCAGGAAGAACGUGUUGAUGAAGGCUUGUCUAAGGUUUGUUCCAGGACAACUUCUUCAACCAGCACCACUUUCAGCAUGGACGAUGUCCAGAAGACUGUUGCUACUUUGACCACUUCUGGAAGUGACAGGGGUAGAAGCAUUAUCACUACCCCAGAAACGCCAGAGCAGAGUCUGCACCACCAGGGAGGUGGACUGGACACCCCUGUCUCCUCAGAGACAAGAGUGGCUGAAAGUGUCAGAAAGAGCCCUGCAACUUGGUCAGACGUAGAGGGAUUAAGUUAUGCAAAAAAGUCUGUGUCGGAGUUAAUGGAGAGGAUGGUGCUCAGCCGUGAGGAUGCAACGUCAGCAGAGAAGAGCCUGGACAUCCUCCUCUCCUCUGGUAUUCUUCGUCCUCACACUGACAAGUUAGUCGACCAGCUGCGAAAACUUUUGAUGGUGAACAGCACACUUACAGCACAAUCUGUGUCUGGCAGGUCAAAAUCAGAAUCUGCUCUGCCGAAGUCCAGCAUGACAGGGGAACUCCAAAGGGAGAUCUCAAGGAACGGUUUGCUGGAGAUAGCAUAUACUAUCACCGAGCGAUCUAUAAAGACCCUUUUGGAGCAGCUGCUCACUGCCCUCCUCCCUCCAUCUGUAGUGGUUGAGGUUGCCAGGUCAUGUCAGAACAUCCGACCAGUCACUCCCUCUCAGGUGAUGAGUUCUGAAGUUAGCCCAGGGUGCUGCAACCCUCUGUCAAUGAUUUGCCGUGUGAUCAUAGAUGUCUUUACGAUCACAAGACAGGUGGUUGAGACAGCCAGUGAAAUGGAUAUGUCUCCCCCCGGAGAGAACAUUGACGGAAGGCUUUGUAGCAACACAGCACCACUGCCCACUGAUUCAACCCCACCUGUCCACCCGAUCAACCGUGAGUGCAACAGAUCUUUGGUGACCAAACCAACAAACAAAAUCAAGAGCUUGACAUUCUCAUUUCCUAAGCUCCCAAAGAUCAGUCUCAUAAAGUGCAAGAAAGUCAACCAAGGGGAUAUCGCUCCGCUUGAGACCACCAAGGAUCCUGCUGAUGUCAACUAUAGUAUAUUCUGCACUACUCCAACACCAGAGAAUGCACAACGACAAGAGGAAGAUCUGGCCUCCUGCUCCUCACAGAGGAAGGAAAGGCCAAAGAACCCAUUCUUUUUAAUCCGGGUAUACUCUGCCAAGUCUACGCAUGAAAACAGCUAGCGUCAGUAGAAAUGUCCUUUUGGUUAUUUGGCAACACAACCAGAGGACCAUCUCGCCACCUACUCCACAACGAGGAAGUAGAGGCUCAAGAAGUGUUCAUUUUCACUGCCAUAGCCAAUCAUUUCAACUCAGUCCUACUGACAUCCCUCUGGGCAAAAAAAAUGUUUAAUCAACAUCGCUUCCACAUCAUCUCAACACCCUAAAAAAUCUACACGAUGAACUGAUAGGAUUUACAACAAGUCAUGAACCAGGGCAUUUCGUAUUUUUUUCACCCAACUUUUAAUCUGAAUCCAAUGACAUGGUGAUUUUUUUUUGAACGUUGAAGUGACGUUAGUUGACAACUCAACCAAAUGUAAAUCAAAACUAGAUGUUGAACUGACAUCUGUGCCCAGUGGGAUUUGCUGUUGUCAGUCUUCUACACGGGUUUUGCAACUACAUCAGAGGACCAUCUUGCCUCCUUACUCCCCAACAAGGAAGAAGAGGCCCAAUAAUUGUUACUUUUUUGUCAACCAGUCCUUUCAACUCUUUCAAAACUCAUUUCAAAACUCUUCUUUCACCUAUUAAUCUCAUUCACGAAGCUUCCAAAGAAAUAUCUCAACAAAAAUGUAAGUGGAUCUCACUCCCCUUCCGACCAUCCAGAGGGAGACAUGAAGCAUGCAGUUAGUGUUGUGCUUGUUCAGUAUUGGUUAUAAUCUGUUUUUUUUUAAACACCACAUCCUCUUGUUCAUAGUGUCUACACCACCACCAGAGGAGGAACUUGCCUCCUGCUCGCCAAUGAAGAAGGAGAUGCCCAUGAAGCGUAUAUUCACUUGCUUCAAUAAUAAACUGCCACUUCAUGCAUUCACGAGUCCUUUAGUGAAAUGUAUAUAUUUUUACAGUAAAGUAGAGUGGAGAGAUCGACAAAGAAGAGAAUUCAUGGGCAUUCAAAGCUCAAAGAAAUCCCUCAUGACAGUCUUUGAGUCUUAAUCCAGCGGUCGAGUUCAAAACGGACUGUAUAUAGGUCUGGCUGCCAAGUCUGUAAAUCCUGUUCUAAUCUAUUCUCCCCUUUGGACUCAAAUAUUGAUAAAGUCCCUGGCAGUCAGGUUCAUGUUUGACAAGAAUGGUCUGACAAUACUUUUUGCUAUGAGUAAUACACCAUUGCAAACCAUGAGGCAAUCUGACCAUAAAUAAAUAGGCUUUGCAUUAUA